CCGCCUGAGGAAUGUCAACUAUUCAACAUGGAGACGGCGGUUACCAGGCUCGAGACCCUGUUCCAGAAAGCAGAAUCUGAUCUGGAUUAUAUUCAGCGCAGAGUGGAGUUUGAAAUAAUGAAAAAUCUUCCUGAUGAUACAGAAGCACAGGAGAAUCCAGCUGCUCUCCUGAAAGAGCUCCCGGUGCUGAAAUCCCGGUACAAAUCCCUGUGUGCACAGAUGGAGGAGAUUUCCCUGGAGCAGAAGGAAUCCAUGGAGAGCAUCCGUGCUGCCCUGGAGAAAACAAUGAAGAUUGUUCAGGCCCUGCAGCAGCAAACCGGGCUGGAGAGCUUACCUCUGUCGGCAGAAGAACUGAGUGCAGCCCAGCAGUUAAACCUGCAAACUGGGAAAGCAAUGGAAUUUUCAGUGGAAGAGCCAUCCUGCCUAGAUUCUACAGUCCCUGACUCAGCUGAAGAACCCCAGUUCACACCAUUGACUGAGGAAACAUUUAUGAGUGUGCCCAGGAGCACCAGAAGCACUGUCAAAUUAGCAGACUUGAACCAUUUGUACAAGGAGUUAUUUAACCACUUCAUUGUACAGAACAACAGAGCAGCCCUGAGUAUUUCACAGAUGAACAAAAUGAACAUGAAAGCCACUGACUCAAGAAUUAAAAUCCUGAAGGAACUGGGGAUUGUGGAACUCGACAAACAAGGAAAUGUUAAAUUAGCUGUAUAAAUGAAAGCUCAUCUGACACAGAAACAUCUCGGCCACAGCUCCUGGAUUAUUAAGGAACAAGAAUUUCUCUGGAACAGGAAUUCCUGGUCCACUGUAGGGAAGUUGUUAAUGUUUCUGUAUAAACAUUCUGUUGAUAAUACUUGAAAUUGGAGAUUUUAGAAACACUGAGGUUGGCAUUUUACCUUGGCUGUUUGAAGGAUUAUGGUUGGUUCUGCAUUUUUAAGGAAUGUUGUGAGCCAUGUGAGGCUUCCAUUUCCUUGCUGCAUUCCUGAGGGGGUUUUAAAGGCAAAUAUUCCAAGCCUCCUAAUUGUACUUGCAUUCCUGAAUAAAGAUUUAUACUUUAAUUUA